AUCGGUAACAGUACUUUUAUGCUGAAAUGCUACAUUUACUCGAAUUGUUUUGCGGGAUGCUGAGCCUAAAGCAUGACUGUAUUCAUGCUCUGUGCCGGAUAAUGUGAUUAUUUCUGCAGAGUACAGAUUUUCAUGUGAAGAUGUCUUCACUAGUGGACUAUGAAGAUUCAGAGUCAGAGGAUGACUCACUGGAUCAGAGAGUAGAAGGAGCAACAGAUUCUGCUCAAACAGAAGAAAACCAAGACACUAAUAUUGUCAAGGUUAUAUCUUACCCUGCAAGAUUUGUGUCUGACCAGACAGUGUGGGAAUAUCAUAAAAAUAUGGCAGAAACAAGCAGGUCUUCACUCUAUCCUCACUCCCAGCCACAGAGCUUUACUAACUCGAAAAGAAGAUGUGGAGGUGCAGCAGAUUUUAGAAAUACUGAAACAUCUUUGAAUUUGCCUGAUAGUCAGAGGGAGAUGGCAUCCCCGCAGGCUCUUCCAUGCAUGCCACAAAGUUUAGGCAAUGCUGCAAACUCGGCAAAAAGACAGCAAACUGUCCCAUCUGGUGUCAGACCGUAUAUCCCUAAGAGGAAGAGACUUACCACUUCAGAGGGAGUGGAGCUAAAGCACCCAGCAGAGCAAGUCCUAGGGAAUCAGGCCAGAGAAAGUCAGAUUCUCUCAGAUGUGUCAGCAAGCCUGAAGCCAUAUCUUGCUCAAACACCCAGCAUGACAGGGAUACCCAGGAGGCUUCUGAUGAGCCUGGGAGGCCACCAGGGCCCAGUCAACACAGUGCAGUGGUGUCCUUUGCCCCAUGUCAGCCAUCUGUUGCUGUCUGCCUCCAUAGACAAGACUUUCAAGGUGUGGGAUGCAGCAGAGAGCGGGCGAUGCCUCAGGGUUUACACCUGCCAUUCGGGAGCUGUGCGCGAUGCCUGUUGGACCCCCUGCGGGCGACACUUUCUCACCGGCUCAUUUGACAACACGGCUGUGAUCACUGAUGUGGAGACGGGGCAGCCAACAGUGAAAGUGGACAACGAGUUUAAGGUGAUGUGUGCGGCCGUGCAUCCCAGCAACCCGGAGGUUUUCCUGUGUGGAGGUUACAGUUCAGCAGUCAAGGCGUGGGACUCUCGCAGCUGCAAGGUGGUGAAAGUUUACCAAGCCGGCAUCCAGCAGACCUUGGACAUAGUCUUUCUGAGAGGCGGUGUGACUUUUAUAACAAGCUCUGACUGCGUGAGCAGAGACUCUGCAGACCGCACCCUCAUUGCCUGGGACUAUGAGACCACAGCCAAAGUCUCCAACCAAAUCUACCAUGAGCGUUACACGUGCCCGAGCCUGGCUCUCCACCCGCUGGAAGACUCCUUUGUUGCCCAGACCAAUGGGAACUACAUAGCAGUGUUCUCCUCCCAGCAGCCGUAUAGAAUGAACAAAAGGCGGCGGUUCGAAGGACACAAGGUGGAGGGAUAUGCAAUAAAGUGUGGCUUUUCUCUGGAUGGAACUAUCCUGGCCUCAGGGAGCUCCACUGGCUCCGCUCACUUCUAUGACUAUCACACAGCUCAUAUGCUUCACACCCUCCGUGCCCAUAGCCAGCCCUGCCUUUGUGUGUCUCAGCAUCCCGUCUUACCUACGACUGUGGCUACUUGUGACUGGGGCGGUGAGAUCAAGGUCUGGCACUGACAACCAGCUAUGAACAAAGAGAUUAUAAACUUAAAAUGUAGCAGGUUGGCCAUGAGAUGGAAGACUGUAUUAAACAGAAACGUCAUGUGCACAUUUAUCUUCAAGACUAUAGCUUUCAUAAUCUCUUGGCAAAAGAUAAGAAGAACUUGGCAAAAAAUGCUGAAAGUCAGCAAAUCUACUAUCUACUGAUUCCUUUGGAAAACAUUUUUUUUUACACUGACUAUCUUGCAAAGCUUUCACAUCAUAAUAAAAAAAAACUAACUCGAUUUCAGUCGCUAUGGUGUCAUCUCACUUUAAGCGUUUUAUUCAUAUUUGUCCCAUCUGUUCACAUCCUGUAAUCUUGGUGGAUGAAAUGAAAACAGUUGAAGUUACACUGUAUGAGAUCAAAGGAAGCUUCUUUACAGUUAAGAGUUCAAAGAGUGAACUAUUGUUAUGGGUUUUAUCUAAAGUGGUAGGCGGUGGAAAAGUAGUCUAGCUGCACAUAUGCCCACAAAAACACCCCAGUGCUUUUAUAGUCCUGCCUUUCACCCCAAAUACAGCAAGGGAUUUUAUCAUCACCGUAGUCUUCAAGGUUUUGUCAAAAUAAAAAUAAAAACAUCUCUCUGGGUGGUUUUUAAUCAGAAGUGUUUUUCAUUCCACAUUCUGCAUACACAUCACUUUUCUUAUUCCCUUUUCUUCUCUCGGGCUCUGAUAUGACAUUUCCUUUCACACUGCAUCAAAGAAAGACAACCAGAGAACUAAAAAAAUAUGCCAUCAUCUGUCAAAGCAUUGCCAAGUUCUCCCAGAGUCCUGCCAGUCAACAGCAGAGCAUUGAAGUGCAGAUGCUUGUGAUCUUUAUUCAGUAUAUAUAGUAGAAACAUCCUUAUCCUUGUUUAUAGGGAAACAUCUAAUGUGUAAAUAGUUUCCCCUGUUUUGUAACGCCUACGCUUAUUUUACCUCAGUUAAUGAUACAGAAAGCGUCAUUGUAGUUGUCUUUAAAAGGCCCCUAAAUUAUUUUUAAAGCAGUUUUUUUUAAUUAAUCUGCAUCUACAUACAUAGUCCACCGUAAGAAUAAGAAGGAAGAAUGCCAUCCUGUGGAAAAACAUACUGUUCCCUUACUACUUCCAUAGGAAAUAAAGUAGAAGUCAGGUGCUGUUAAUCAGAUGAGUUAAUGAUCAGGAAGUGCGACCACCUCAGUAAAAGCCCAAGAGCUACUACUAAAAAUGACAUGGCAGCAUGAUGUCUGGCACAAUGCCCUCUAUAAAGAUGGGACCAAAGUGUAGAAGUUUGGCUAUAAUGCAGAGCGCCAUGUUUGGUGAAAACUAAAGAAAGCAUAUCAGCAUGGUGGUGGAGGCGUAAUGAUUUGGGCUCGCUUAGCAGCCACUGGACCUGAGGAGCUUACAGUCAAUGAGUCGACCAGUAUUCUAGAGUGAAACAAGAAGCCAUCUUUGUCAGAUGACAUACAGGCCAUGCAACAAUAAUCCCAAGCAUACCAGCACCAGAAUGGCUGAAAAAGAAAAGAAUCAAGGUGUUGCAAUGGCCCAGUCAAAGAUUGAAAGGCGGCAGUGGCACCUUAAGAGAGAGAGCUGUCCUUAAAUAAAAGCCUGCAGACCUUAUUGAGCGGAAGCAGUAUUAAUAUAUAAGUCCCUAACAAUGAGGUGAGAGACUGAUAAAGUCGCACAGAAAACUGUUAUUUCAACUUAUUGGUGCUUAAAGCGGUUCUACAACUAAAUGUGAUAAUUAAGCUGGUUAAGGAUUUGUUAUAAAAAUUUAAAACGGUCCCCUACUGUGAACCACCAGAUGGUGGUAGAAUAAAUUACCUAAAAUAAUAUGCCUUGAAGUCUGCAAUCAAUUUCCCAACACACAUCUUUAUUAAGUAAAUAAACAUACAGCAAAAAAUAUAGAACCAUGCAUCAGACAGACAAACGUGACAUUUAAACAACAGGCCUGUUAUUCCUGGAACAGGGCUGGAGGUAGGACAGGACAGAACCACUUCAGCCUCGUCAUUCAAGGUCAAAACAUUCUAUAAAUAUAACAACAACUUAAACUAGAUAAAAAUAUUCAUAUUGUAACAACCGUGUAUGAAGUAUCUCCUUUUCUACAUUGCGCCCACAACAAAAAUACCAUUUAUAUUCUCAUUUCCUCUGUACAGUGGUUAAAUGUAAUUUCAAACCUUUUUCACUGCUAAGACCUAAACAGUCUACCAAAUAAGAGUAAAAAAAUGUCAGUGACCUGUAUGGUGCAGUUUUAGCUUCACAAAUAUGACAAUGUCAGAAUAUUUCAAACAGCCUUAAGCCAGUUCUCAGA